AUGGUGGUUGGCUUUUCCCCGCAGUUUAGCUUCGCGGGGAAGGUCGUUGGAGCACUGGCGAUUGGGCAACUGGUGACCAAUUCCUCCCGGCAGAUGGAGCCGAGCACCAGCCGCAAAACCAAGGUCAUGGUCCUACAUGAGCUUCGGUCUCCUUUGCACGGUAUCAUCGGCCUGGCCAAUACUUUGUCCCAGGAGCCAGGGCCAAUACAAAAGCCGACGCUAGCCAUGAUUGGUUGGAGUGCAGAGCGCGUGUUGGACCUGGCCACGAACAUGAUGGACUAUUGGAAUUUGGCCGAAGAACCAGUGCGCUCAGCGAAGAGGAAAGACGAGGUCUUGGAUUUGGCUGCGUUGGCCAAGGAUGUUGUCACUAAGUCGGAGUCCUUCAAAGACAAGAGAGGAAAGCCUCUGAAGAGGGACAAGGUGAAUCUGAAGACAGAUCUUGAACACGUCACCAUUUCUGCUGAUUCACCAGCUGUGCAGCAGAUGCUGAGCCAGAUUGUGACGAAUGCUUUGAAGUUCACGGCGGAAGGGGAAGUUUGCCUUUCUGUGAGGGAGGAUCCUCAGAACGAUUCAGCGAUCAUCUCCGUCAGAGACACAGGAAUUGGAAUCAAGCCAGAGAGCGUUCAGGGCAUGCUGGAUGCCUUCCAGCAGGAGGAUUCCUCUGAAAGCCGCAAGUAUGAUGGUAUCGGUCUUGGCCUCGCGAUCGUGCGAGAAGUUGUACGAAUACACAGUGGCCGAUGCGAGAUCAAGCCAUCAGGGAGCAAGGGCACAGUAGUCACUGUAACUCUGCCCCGCAGUCAGCGAGAGUCAGCUGGUCAAGGAGAAGCCGACGCCAGUGCUAAAAUCAUUGUCCCUGCACCUGGCAUGAAGCCACGGGGGGCUCCUUCCUGCUGGCUGGGGCCAUCUGCGCAGAUCGGAAUUCAAGUCGUCCCCAAGCAGACGCUCAACCUGAAUGCAGGUAGCCGUACCGCAACAUCGCUGCCCUCUCUCAAGGAGGGGCUGCCAAUGCAAUACUUUGAGGACGACGAUGAUAAUUUGAUCAUGUCGGUGGAUGACGAUUUUGUGAACCAAGAAGUCAUGAGAUCGAUAUUGGAGCCGUGCGGCUUCAAGGUAGUUGCCUGUAUGAAUGGGUCCGAGUGCCUCGAGUACCUGGAUGGAAACAACCCGCGCCCUCGGCUCAUGCUGCUCGAUCUGAUGAUGCCUGGCCUCAGCGGCUUCGACGUGCUGCAAGCGCUCCAAAAGAAGUGCAGCCUGCAAGAGUUUCCGGUGGUCAUGGUUUCCGCAAAGAAUCAGUCCAGCUCCGUGGUGAAAGGAUAUGAGCUGGGCUGCACCGACUGGAUUCACAAGCCUUUCUGCCGCCAAGAGCUGAUUGCCAGAGUGAAGGCCGGCAUUCCCAACAUGGAGGUUUUGACGGAGAGCUUGGCUCCGGUGUUUCAAGAGUUCGAGGCUUUGAGCGCAAAGUGCUUUGGCAAAGGAUUGAGUCCACGGCUUUCAUGCCAUGCCUACUGUGAUGUGAACACGCACCGGUGCAAGGCGACGAUACUCGCCAUGCUGACGCUCUGGCUGGAGAUGUGGGACAAGCUGCUACUUUUGGCACAAAAGAUGCUGGACAUCACACACAAGGCAUCCAUGUGCAUCAGUAUCGGUCUUCACACAGAGACUAGCGUUCCAGCUAUUCUUACAGGCAACCGUCAGUAUCCCAACAGCAGUUUCUUCAGUAACACGCUUCAAAAGGCAAAGUUGCUUUGCGAUGUAGCCGCUGAAAACCGGAUUAUUCUAUCUCGAAGUGCAAGAUGCAGACUGAGCGCGGAUGUGGAGGCAGAGCUGCAGCAAAGCGGCUUGCGGCUUCUGCUGGGCAGCUCCGAUUCCCAGACUGGGGAGUUCUACUAUGUGGCAAGGAGCAUGGAACUGCAUCCCCAGCCUCUUAAGGAAGCUGGAGCUCUGGCUGAGCAGCCACAGGCGGCGUCUCCCAAUGAUGAAGACGCGAAUCUGCGGAAGAAGCAGAUGGCGGUGCAGGAGCUUCAAGAGGACCUGCUGCAGACCAGGAAUGGCCUGACCAUCAUGCAACAGCAGUUGACCGUCGCGGAGGAGCAGAUGAUGCAAGCCAAAGCGGAGUCUCAGUCGCUGCGGGUGCAGCUGCAGGCCCGACAGAGCACAGCUCAGCCAGAAGUCCAACCUGAAGUCAAGCCUGCAAACUCGUCAGCGUCCCUUCUGUUUUUGCAGUGGCAGAACGCACACCUGCAAGCUGAAAUCCGUCACUACCAAUCUGCACUGAGCAACACGAAGGCAGAAUUACAGAUGCAGAUUAUGGCUGGACAGCUUCUGGAGUCUAAGCACAGCCUGUUGCAAGCCAGAGUCGAGCAUCUUGAGCUAGAUCUCGCGUUCAAGGCUGCUUACGGGGGGCAGGAGGAAGGCUCGGACUGGCCCUCCGCGGGCGUGGGCACCUCCCAGGUGUCGGGCCCUUCGCCUUUCAAAGAAUUCAAGGACACGAACCUGGUCCUUGGAUCACUCCUGUCAGGACAAUUGGCUGGUCCAAAUGCGGGGGCGAACAGCGCCUCCUUUCCGACAGCAGCAGGGACAGGGCCAAUGACCAUUUUCUCUACAGCGGGUGGCAUUGGCAGUACGCAUGGCGGGAUCAACGCGACCCUUGGAUCAUUGGGUCGACAAGGAACUGGUGGAUGA